CGGUUGGAAUGAUCAACGACUAUCACGAUAACUUGGAUAGGGAGAAACUUUAUCCUCGUAGAAUAAUAAACGAGGAAGUUUGGGUUUCUGUAGACUUGACAGCACAAAUACUUUAUUGUAGGGUGAAGUUGACAGUUGAUAUUUCUUACGAGAAACAAGAAUAUGUGGAUUUUGACUUUGCUAUAGACAAUGUGGAAAAGUGUCAAGUAAACCAAAUAGACACGAAUUUUGAGUACAUCAGUUCUGUUUCCAACAAGGACGAAGCCUUAAGUCAGAUUGAAACCAAGUCUUUUCAGUUACAAGAUUUGGAACAAAAGCUGAGUUCACCUUUUGUUUGUAAACCUUGUUUGAGAGUAUUUCUUCCCAACAAGUCAACUCAAGAACAGGACUUGACAAAGGAAGCCUCGCCUCCUUCCAGUAACGACACUCUUGACAAGUCUGGCCAUCAAAACACUGUUUAUAAUAUUCAAGUUACUUAUUUAUUAAGUGGCUCUAAUGCUUCAGUACUAUUCCGUCAGUUCGAUUCGCAUUCUUACGUUUAUAUCGAUGGAUUCUUUACCGGUGCUUAUCACUGGAUUCCUUGUGUGGACAAUUUAUGCAACAGAUAUACUUUUACUCUGAUAAUUAGUGUCGCUACUGAUCUAUUUGCCGUAGCCUCGGGUGAUGUAGAAGAUACGAUACUUUCAGAUGAUGAGACUAGCGUGGCUUAUUAUUAUCGUGUAGGAAAUACUCUUCCAUGUAAUGUUUCUUUCAUUGUGGGUCCCUUUAAAGUAUUGCCUGAUCCUGUUUAUCCUGCCUCUAUUACAUAUUUUGCUUUACCUGGAAAUACCAAAUGGCUAGCAAAUACUACACGGUUUCUAUCCAAACUGGUUCCUAAAAUGCAAUCCGUGUUUCCUCAAGUGGGAUUUCCUUUUUCAUCUUUCAAAAUAGUAUUUUUAGGAAAAGGAGAUGGUCGACAUGGACAAGGUCAAAGCUUUGCUGGUGGCUUAUGUUUGGUUCCUGGAGAUUGGCUUUAUGGUGAAGAUAUCAUUGAUCAAGUAUUUUAUACAAGACCGAAAUUGGUCAACUUAUUUUGUAGUCUUUAUAUUGGAGAUAAUGGUUUAUUAGGUCCACAAACUGCCAAAGAUAUUUGGUUAAUACAUGGCUUGCAACAAUUCCUUGGCAUGCACUUGUUGAAGGAUUUAUUUGGGAAUAACUGGUGUAAGACAAGAUAUUUAGAACUUGCACAAUACUUGUAUCAUUCACUUGAUGGUGGUGGUUGUUUGGUCAAUGAUGAUGAUCAUUUACGUUCCCCAAACUUGUACAAAAAGACUGCCAAAGUUCGGUCCUUGUUGAUUAUUUAUAUGAUAAGCAAAAGAAUGAGUACCCAAUCGAUAAUAUCAGCUGUAGAAAAGAUGAUAUUGACUCAUAUGGAUUCAAAUGGCAAGUUAUCUGAACAAAGUCAUGUUACAGAAGAGAUGGUAGAUUUGGUUUCUAACUUUGUUUCCACUUUAUCUUCACGCAAUGUCCACGCAAUGAUAGACUUUAUAUCUCGAUGGACUCGGAGUUGUGACAUUUUAAAACUACGUUGUGGAUAUCGCUAUGAUUCCAAGAAGAAGUUUGUGGAGUUGGCAGUCAAACAAAGUAUUAUCACUUUUCGUUCACAAGAUGGAAAGAGAAUAGAACGAGAUUUGGAUGGUGACUCGAAGGUUUCCAUGUUCAAAGGUGGUCUAACUGUACAAGUAAUGGAAAUGGAAGGAGCACAUGACCAUUUGUUGGAGAUGGAUAGUGAUAUAUUACUCGUUGAGUUGCCAACGAGUACGAGAAGAAUGAAACAACAUCAUCGUAAACGUUCCAAAAGCUCUUUGAAAGAGUCGGAUACGGUAAUACCACCAACAGAAGCAAACUUGGAUGAAGAAGGCGUUAUUAUUGAGAAAGAUCCUGUUUUGUGGGUUCGAAUAGAUCCUGACCAAGAAUGGAUUCUCAAAUUCGUGGAAUUUCGUCGUUCAGAGAGAGAUUCUAUAUCUUGUUUGCGAAAUUGUCGAGAUGUGUGGGGUCAGUUGGAAGCAUUGGAAACCUUAAUGAGUAGAACGAAAGGACGAGUUUCUGUAACUUCUAUUCGAUGUUUAGAACAAAUUUUGACAGAUUCAAGAUAUUAUUUUCAAGUAAGAGGCGAGUGCGCUCGAUGUUUAGCGAAAUGUUAUACUACAAACGAUCGAUUGAUGGGAUUGGAAGCCUUAUUAAAGCUUUUAAGGAAUAAAUAUUUUGACAAACAUGGAGCUGUAUUAUCGAAUCAUUUUGAUGAUAUAUCAGAAUAUUUCGUGAAAUGUGCAGUUAUUCAAGCCAUCGCUCAAGCAAUUCAUCCCAUAUCUUUUCCUAUAUAUGGCUAUGAUUCCCAAUUCUCUUUGAAUCUUGCUUCAUUUCAAAUGACUCAUAUACAAGAAAGCCUUCCGUAUGAUGUCUUACAAUUAUUAUUAAGUCUUCUGGAACAAAAUGAUACUGCAUAUCCACCUCUUUUUGAUGAUUGUUUUUAUUUACAUAAUCUAAUUAUUGCUUGUGCAAUCUGUUCCGUAUAUGCUAAAGACCAGAUUACCCGUCAUAGAGUUUAUAAACAAUUGUUUCGUUACUUGAAGAGAGAAGAAGCCAUGCCAAGUUAUCACAAUAUAAUAACUGGAGCAUCUCUGAAGGGUUUGACUAUUUUACAACUGGGUGGUUUCUUAAGGAUUCCUAACGACUGGGAGCCUAUGGUAGUUUCAGAAACGGAAGGUUUGGUAUCCAGUGAGCGAGAAUCCAAUGACUGGGAAAAGGCUCUUUGGAAAAGUUUUCGUAGUUGCAAUUUACUUCUGAUUAAAAUAGCAAUGGAAUGUCUGUUUCAUUUGUAUGGAGGCCACAUAGAAUUCUUAGAAUGGUUAUUAGAAGCGUGGAUAGAAAAUAGAUUGGAAAGAUAUGAACGAACUCGAAGAUCUGCAAUUCGUUUGUUGCAAAAGCAAGUUGCUUUAAGAGCCACAUUGAGGAAUCGUCUUCGCAAAUAUGAUGAACAGUCAAUACAUUUUUGCUUACGUUGGCUACGUUGGAUGGUCGAAGAGAAAGAUUGUCUUGUCCAGUCGGAAGGUUUGAAAGUGGCCAAGCAUAUUUGGGGCAGUUAUAUUCCUUUAUGUCUACUGACCAAUGAAGAAUAUGAAAGAGAACGCAAUGAAAGAAAGAAAUCUCACAAGGAGAGAAAGGAAUUAGAUUAUCGACUGGAAGGUAGGAAAAUGGUGGUUUUACCUGCUAGAGACCAAUCAAGUUCGUUCUCAUCACCCACAUCUCAGCAACAACCAUCUGAACUUGGUGUAGAAAAUGUUCAGCAGCCAAAAGAAUCGUCGGCUUUGGUUAAUGAACAAGCAACUCAAGAACAGUCUGUCGAGAAGUCUAGUUUUUAUCUAAUGAAGGAGAUGAUGGAAAGAAUUAAGGAAACAUGUGAUCUGGACUCUGAAGACGAACACUAUAUGCUCAGUUUUUUGGAACAAGGCUGUCAAGGUGCCCAUGUGAAUUCGGUUAAAGUAUCAUUGAGAAAGUUUGGUUUGGAGAAACUACUUGUAAGAUGGCAGCAACAGAAGAGCAGCAAUGAAUUUCAAACUCCAAAGGAAUUUGAUUAAUGUACGAAUAACCACUAAAUUGAUAUACAAAGUUUUCUCAGAAGCUAUUUUGCUAAUAGAAAUCUAUAUUUCUGGAGACUUGCUAAUUAUUUUAUCUGAUCCUUAAACAUUCUUUCUAGUUUCAGUCACUGGUACGAAAACCGACGAUAAUUUAGAGAUAACCGUGAAUGGAAGUUUUCAUGCUCUCUUCUUUUCCUUUUGGUUAGUGUAUUUGACCAAACUUUACGACACUAUUUUGUAUUAUGCUUAACCAAGGUUCUGAUUUUGAUGCUGUCUAACUUGUUGAAAUAAAGAAAUUGUGAAGCAACGAUUGUAAGGAAGUUAAGUGCUUUG